AUCCUAUUUGCCGCGACGACAAAACGCGAUCAACAGUUGCUGCCUCGAGCUGCCUCAAGCAGAUUAUGUUACGUACACAGCUUGGAUCAUAUUUCAGACAAGCAGCCGUGCGGUUGUUCCUGCAGGAUUGCGCUCCCCUGCUACGGCAUACGAACUACCACACCCGGAGGAAUGGAAAUUUCCAGCUGCCGAGGCAAAAGUACUUCACGCCGCACAGUUGGGAAGAUG